CAAUACGAGUAUCGACUACCAAGCUUUCACGUGUCAUCAUUUGGUCUACUUUUUCAGAUUUCCACAAUUCAAACCCAGAAACAGAAACAGAGACAGAACCAAAAAUCUGAGAUCUUCUCACAAUACAGUUCGAUUUCCAUAGUUUCAGUCAUCACUAUCUUAGUUUUUUUCCAUGUUCAGUUCGUCCAACACUGUAGAAAUGCCUAUGGUUCCAAGAUUCAUUCAUACACAAAAUCGCCUCAAAGAUCUUCUCUUAAUCUUCUCCACACUUGUUAUCUUCUACCUCAUCUUCCUUCUUCAUCACAUCCAUACCCCCAAAACUUCCUUCAAUCCAAAUCCCAAUUUCUCCAAAACCCCUUCAAUUCCCACUAAUCUUUCAAUCUCACACCUCUUCUUCUCAAUUGCCGCUUCUUCUUCUUCUUUCUCUAACCGUCUCUCUUACAUUAACCUCUGGUACAAACCCAAUUCCACAAACGCCGUUGUUUUCCUUGACGACCCGAUUUCCAUUUCUACCCUCUCUGUUUCAUCUCCCCCAAUUCUUGUUUCAUCGGAUACUUCCAAGUUUCCUUAUUCUUUCCCGGCUGGUCGUCGUUCGGCGAUUCGGAUUGCUCGUAUUGUUAAAGAUACUUUUGAUUUGGUUAAAAAUGUGAACUUUAAUGAUACCCGUUGGUUUGUUUUUGGUGAUGAUGAUACUGUUUUCUUUACGGAUAAUUUGGUUAGAGUUUUGUCAAAAUAUGAUUGUGAGAAGUGGUAUUAUGUUGGUUAUAAUUCAGAGAGUUUUGAGCAAAAUGAGAAGUAUUCGUUUGAUAUGGCAUUUGGAGGGGGUGGGUUUGCACUAAGUGCUCCAUUGGCUAAGGGUUUAGCUAGGGUUUUGGAUUCUUGUUUGAUUAGGUACCCUCAUUUGUAUGGCAGUGAUUCCAGGAUUUUUUCUUGUGUAGCUGAGCUUGGAGUACAUUUGACUCGCGAACCUGGAUUCCACCAGGUUGAUGUUCGAGGAAAUCUGUUUGGUAUCCUUGCUGCACAUCCAUUAUCACCUUUGUUAUCACUUCAUCACUUGGAUGUCGUGGAGCCGCUUUUUCCUGGCAUGACUAGGAUUCAAGCAGUGAACCAUCUUUUCCAAGCUGUCCAUGCUGAUCCAGCUAGGAUUUUGGAACAAACUGUGUGCUAUGACAAGUCCAUUUUACUGACAGUUUCAGUUGCAUGGGGUUAUGCCGUUCAGGUGUUUGAAGGGAAUCAACUUCUUCCAGAUCUUCUCUCGCUGCAGCGUACAUUUACACCAUGGAAAAGGGGUAAAAAUGUUUCUGCAAACUAUAUGCUCAACACUAGAAGCAACCCUAGUGAUCCAUGCAAAAAACCUGAUGUCUUCUUCUUGAAAAAGGUGCUUCCUAGUAUAGAUGGCAUAUGGACUGAGUAUACAAGACACAAUGUUGGGAAGUGUGUUAGAAGUAAUCCUACAAAAAAGUUGGUAAAGAUAAGGGUCUUCUCGCAGAAGUUAGCCUUCGAUGUUGAACAGUUGAAGGCACCUCGUCGACCAUGCUGUGACAUUUCAUCACCUAUCAAUGAGACGAUGAUAGUUGGUAUUAGACAAUGUGGGCAUGAUGAGUUGAUCUCAGUGCAGACUUAAAAUGAUACUUAAUGUUGCUUGACAAACGGCCUGUCAAUCCAUGGUUUGGAUGAGUGGGGGGUUAUGCAGUCUCUUGACAGAACUCUCUCUUCCGAUUUCUGAAUUUUAUAAGAUUUAUGCCAUUGUUACUCUACCUCCCGUACUAUUAAGGAACUCUUGUAGGAGGAUGUCAUGUGUGUUGCAUCUCUUCUGGAAAGAGUAGUAAUCACUCUUGAGAAACCUUGGUGGCUCGUCGAUUCCAUGGAUCUCUGGCCAUAAGCAAGUUCUGUGCUUAUAGUUUCUUUGGGUGUAUUCCGCCAUACCACGGACUGAAGUUGAUAUUGUUAUGUUUUUAUGAACUAUGAUUAGUUUAAUUUUUUGAUUUUUUUACUGGAGAAAGAUGAGCCUAGACAGACCUCAGGAAAGUUUAGUUAAGGUGGCAUAUAUUAAUUCACCAGAAAUGUAACUUAUCCAGAUCAAACUGUGGUUUUGAAAACAUUUCUUGCUUACAUUUGCCAGAUACAGUUGCAAA